AUGGGCUAUACAGGUCACGCUGCGGCAUUUGGAGAGCUCUCCGCGGGUGACUUCAUGGUCGGCGAGAAUGUAGAGGUUUGGAGCAACAGUCGAGGCAGCUGGCUUCCGGCUGUAGUACAAGGGGUUUAUCUUCUGGCCACGACAACCGAAGGCUUUGAUGUUCCACCUGGCUCCGUGAAGGUCAUCUCCUCGGCUGGUGUAAAGUGGGUCAUGGCCGAUUCCAUCUCCUCUGUCCUUCGCAAAGCAAGUGCAGAGGGCAGUGAAGCAAUGAGCAAUCUAGGAGCUGCUGGAGGUGCCCCGAGCUCAUCAACUCGAAAGCUCUGCAAGAACGGCUGUGGCAGGGCCGUCCAGCCUGGCCUCACGAGAGGUUUGAAGGCCUACGACACAUGCUGCAAGCGUUGUGCUCAGAAGCCUGGGUGCAAUGAGCACGACGAGAAUUGUGGCGGUGCAAACGUCACAAGGGCCGUGCAGUGUAUUGACCUGCUCCGCAGCCUCCGGGACGAACUAGAGGCGAUACUACACGACGAGAUGGUGCUCGAGCAGACGGUCAGAUCCGCCUUUGAACGAGUUCGCAGACCCUUCGGGAGGAUGAGCUGGGAGCUUCUACGCGCCCCGCUGGAGGAGCUGCUGGAGCCGUUUGGAGUUCGCCUUGGUGUGAAGGACCAUUUCUUGGAGCACCUAUGUCAUCAGCAUGGACAGCCAGAGGACCGGACAAUCGAUGUUGAUGGGAUUUUGGCUUUGAGCCACGCCGUCCUCCAGGAUCGGUAUCGAUCUUGGUUUCCGGACGUAUUGCCCGUCUCCACAGCAAGCUUCGUGAAGCAAAACAAACGGCCUCUGGAAGAGGUUUAUGCAAUUGGCAAAAAACUCGGUGAGGGAAGCUUCGGCACUGUUUACGAAGUGGACCACAAGUUGUCUGGAGAACGUCGUGUUUGCAAGAAGAUCUGGAAGACCAAGUCUGACAUGACCAGUCAACAGAUACUGCAAGAAAUCGGCAACAUGGCGAUGCUGGACCACCCAAACGUCAUCAAAGUCUUUGAAUAUUUCGAUGCACCCAACUUUGUCAGUCAAAUCAUGGAACCUUGCUACGGCGGCGAGCUGCAAGACAAGGUCAAUGUACUUCGAAAGACUGGCAAGGCACCCUACGACGAGGCAUUUGUGUGUGAUGUGAUGAAGCAGACUCUACGUGCUUUGGCUUUCAUGCACAAGAAGCCCUUCUUGCACAAGGAUUUGAAGCCUCAGAACAUCAUGCUGGUGGACCAGGACAGUUCCUCCAUCAAAGUCAUCGACUUCGGCUUGGCAGAACUCUUCAACCCGAAGCAGAAGUUUGCAAACUUCAUCGGUGGCACAAGGCUGUACAUGGCCCCCGAGGCUAAGCUGCCCGGUUCUUGCACUGAGAUCCAGAAACGGCCCAACGGCCUGUCAGUUGUCAAUGUAGCAGGUCUUCCGCCAGCAAAUGACGGUGAAGACGGACAUCUGGAGCGCCGGAUGCUUGGCACUGCAUGGGUCUGUGUCUUGCUUGUGUGCGCUGAGCUCAGGCGGGUGUUAUUCUGUACAACCUGCUAA